GAUGGCCGGUUAACCUCAGUUUUACCUCGUUGUACGAAGAGACUUGGAACACUUAGCGUCCGAGGUUUGCCGCCGCUUUACAAUGCUAUGGCUGAAUCAGAAUCUCAGGAAGGAGACGAUUAUAACAGGGGAAAGAUGGUGGAGAACAUUAAAACAGACAUGGAGGAACUUCUGGAGGAAAUGGAAAAACUAACAGUGCGUGCAGCCUGGAUGGCUUACAGCUACACGGCCAUCCAGAGCAACGCAGACCUGUCCAACGCCAUGCAGCACUCAGAAGAUGCUUUCCUGAUGUGCAAAGAGCAGAUGGAGAAGAAAUGGCAAGAGGUGCUACUGGAAUCUAGAGGUGAAGGGGAAAAAAAGGAAUAAAUUGAACUUGGUCAUGCUGCCAGAAUGACAUUCCUUGGAAAAUCACUUAAGUCCUUUUUUCUCUCAGCUUUGGAGGUUUCACAGGCACUGUGGGAAAUGGGCUUUCCUCUUGCUAAGAACUACUUAUUUGUGAAUGGCUGUGGAAUUAUUUUAAUGAGAUUACGCAUAUAGCUUCAUAUAGUUGAGGGUAAAAGGCAGCAAUGUGUGUAUUUGCAUAAUGCCCAUCAGUAAUCCUGGUAGAGUUUGCACACACAACUGACACACCCUCUGACCUUUUCCCUGGAAGAUCAUACUCCAUGGUCAGCAUAACUGGAAUUCUUAGAAACCUGAACAAACUGGGGAGAUGGGGAGCAGGGCUGAUGGAGAGGACCAGCCUAAUGACAUUGCACUAGCCCAUGCCUUUCAAAGAAAACUGAAGAAUUGCUUACUUUCCCAAAUGAAACACAGGUUACAUUCUAGAUCUGCAGAUAGAUUUAGAUGGUUUUAUUUAGUAUUGUCAUCUAGGUGUUCAAUUACAUAGUUUUAUUAUUUAGAUAGAUCAUCUAUAGUUGUUUCAUCUUCUUCCAUUAGAUUUUUAACCAUUUCUUUGAACUGAUUUCCCCAGAAAGAUUGUUCCUCUCAAACCCUCUGAAGGUGGCAUGAAAUAAAUUUUUUUUUACCAUUAUAGACUGCAGUGAGUGUGGUGGCAUUGCUGCAGAAAAUACUACCCAUGUUAUAAAACAUGCUUUUCUCCAUACAUUCUUACUGUAAAAUAUUAGAAAAGGACUAAAAAAUUUCUUCUUUAGUCAGGAUGUAGAUUAAGAGCAGCACCUCAUGGUUUGUGGUUUUACAUAAAUGAGUAAUUUAUCAGAGAUGGAAUUCACUGCAAUAAGGAUCUUCCCUUUUAUUAAAAUCAGUCUCUUUUAACUAGAAAGUAACCACCAUGCAGCAAGUGAGAGCACCUCCAUCUCCUCUGAAGAGGUAAUGAUUUAAAUCACAUCUAAA